AUUUUCUGUUUCUUUUUUCCUUUUUUCUUAUAAACGAACCAAUACUCGGGCCCGGCCCAUUAAGAAUUCUUUCGCGAUCGUCUAACAACGAAGCACAAAACCCCCACUGGUAUUCAUUUUCAUAUUUCGACAAUCGCAAUUCCGGCAGCGAUGAAGACGACUGUACUCAGUCGAAUGAUUUCCCGCCCUACUUUCCACUCGCAAAUCUUCAAUCACGCACAUCGCACGAUUUCUCAAGCUAAUGGUGCCCUCGGCUCGGAUUUUCCGGCGUCCAUGGCUCACGUGAGGUGCGCCUCCACGAAAUCCGGCGGAAAAGAGAAGAAACAAUCAGCACGGCUUGCCGAGGUUCAGAAGCUCUUGUAUCAGGCCGAAGAGCGCUAUAAAGCUGACGGGAGUGGUGUCGAGCCCGUCCCAAAAUUAACGCUCGAGCAUGUUACCAUAGGCUAUGCAAGAAGUGGUGGUUCUGGGGGCCAGAAUGCUAACAACAUAGUUAACUCCAAGAUUGAAAUGCGGUUUAAUGUUAAAAAUGCACUAUGGUUAAAUGAAAAAGUGAGGGAGAGGAUUAUGCAAAUGGAGAAAAACCGGAUCAACAAAGAUGGAGAGAUAGUGAUUACUUCAUCAAAGACUAGAACUCAACAAGGUAACUUCGAAGAUGCUUUGGCGAAGUUACAAGUUUUCACUUACCAAAAAAAGAAAUUACAGGAGAUUAUUGAUGCUGCUUCAUACGUCCCUGUUCCUCCUUCAAACGAUACUAUGAAAAAGAUUGAGUUGUUGUCUGCUCUUGCGGAGCAAAAGCGAAUGGAGAAGCAUAAAGCCCAAUCACACAAGAAGGCACUACAAAGCAGCUGAUGAGGUCCAGACUAAACCGUGGGCCGGAAAACCAAGCUCUGAUACGCAUGCCCACGAUUCAUAAUCAGUGGUUUUGAGUCUUGACGACAAACUAAUCAUUUUCACUCUUUCGUUGUUGUUUGCUACAAGGGGAUUGCCUGUGAUUGAAAAGGAGGAGUAUUUUUCCCAUCUGUUUCCUAACAUUGGCCCAAUGCAGACCAACAUUGUUCUUGUUUGUUUCAUUUGGCAGGAAACUCUAAUUUGUGUUUGGUGUUGCCCUAGCUAGAUUUUCCCUUUCAGUUUUGUAUUUAAUAUUGCGUUUCAUUCUAUGUUGACCCCAUAUUUGUGCACAUUUUAUGCAUCCAAACAUAAUGAAACACGAGAUGAAAUAUAAAAAUAAAACACGAUAUUGAAU